AUGGAGCGCUUCGGCAGUCGCACAGUCCAAGUCCUGGGGGUCGCGCCAGCAGCCAAGCCGGGGCCCACCAUCGCAGAUGGCUCGGCUCCAGGGGCAUAUCACGAAGUGUCGGCGUUUCCCGUGCCUUGUUGUUACUUUGGUAACUACACUCUCCGUCGAUGGGCCGCUCGAGCGGCAGAAAGAGGCCCACCGUCGCAGAUGGAUGAGCCCCGCGGGAAGACAUCACGACGGGUUGGCGUCCUUUACGCCUCGUAA